AUGGGGAUCACGGGUAUAAUCAGCAUUAUCGCUGUAGUAGCUCCUUUCUUCAUGAGCGCGUGGAAUCCCGCAGCUUCGCCUCACAUGAAAGGCCUCACCUACCUGACGCUGCUCCUGGGGUUCUACAUGGCGUGGAACAUUGGUGCGAAUGACGUGGCAAACGCAAUGGGGACGUCAGUGGGUUCGGGAGCGCUGACGCUACGCCAAGCGGUGCUAGCAGCGGCGAUCUUGGAGUUCGGCGGGGCUUUCCUGGUUGGAUCGCACGUGAGCCACACGAUGCAGAACGGAAUCAUAAAGGCAAAUGUGUUUGCCGGGAAAAACGCGAUGCUGUUCACAGGGAUGAUCUCCUCUCUGGCAGCCGCAGGAACGUGGCUUCAGGUUGCUUCGUACUUCGGCUGGCCGGUAUCAACGACGCACUGCAUCAUCGGGGCAAUGGUUGGGUUCGGCAUCAUCUUCGGCGGCUGGAAUGCCGUCUACUGGUCGUCGCUGGCUCGCGUGGUGUCGUCGUGGGUCGUCUCGCCUGUUCUCGGUGCUAGCAUCGCCUUCAUCGUUACAAGUGUAUCCGAAAGCCACUCCUUUUUUUUCCAAACUCUUCCACUCCCUUUCUCCUCUUCUCUUUCCCCCCCACGUUCCCACUCUGCCACCUCUCCCCUUCCGCUUCACCCCCACCGCGCCGGCACCACACUCAGUUCGUCUACAGCUCGUCCAAUCCGGGGCAGGCAGCGUCGACAGCGGCGCCGAUCCUCGUCUUCGCGGGUGUCUCCGCCUUCUCCUUCUUCUCGCUCUUCACCUCCCCGGGGGGUCCUCCUCCGCGCCUGCGCGCUCUCCCUGGCCGCGGGCGCUGCUUCCGCGGUGGCCAUGUCCGCCGUGGUGAAGCGGCAGAUGGGCGAGCUGCUGGGGGAGUUCUGUGAGAUCCCCAAGCAGUUGGAGGAGCCGAAGCCGGAGAAGGGCCGCGGACCCAUGGGCACGCAGCUGCGCAUUGUUUAUGGCGUGUUUGGUUACCUGCAGGUGCUCUCUGCAUGCUUCAUGUCAUUUGCUCACGGUGCAAACGAUGUGGCCAACGCCAUUGGCCCCAUCUCAGCUGCUCUAGCCAUCCUCGCCUCCUCCUCCGCAUCCAUCCCCUCCUCAUCCCUCGCUGCCGCUCCAGUGUCUGCCGGCGUUGCCACUCAGGUUCUUAUUUGGGGCGGUUUUGGCAUUGUGGCUGGUCUUAUCAUCUGGGGUUACCGUGUCAUUGCAACAAUUGGGAACAGGAUCACAGAGCUCACUCCCACCAGAGGAUUCGCAGCAGAGUUCUCAGCGGCUACAGUGGUGGUGGUUGCAUCUAGACUGGGUCUCCCAAUCUCUGCCACGCACACACUUGUUGGAGCAGUGAUGGGAGUGGGCCUUGCCCGCGGUAUUGGGAGUGUACGGGCCGAUGUGGUGAAGGAGAUUGUGGCAUCGUGGCUUGUCACCAUUCCUAUCGGAGCAGCGCUGUCUGUGAUGUCACAUCGGCCCUGCCAGGGGGAGCUGAUGGCGCUGCGUGUUGUGAGUCGACUCAAAACAUUUCUCCCCGUCUUUCUCUUCCACACGCAGGUCACGUCGGCCCUGCCAGGGGGAGGCGAUGGCGCUGCAUUUUUUGAGUCAAUUCAAAACAUUUCUCUCCCUGUCUGUCCCUUCCACGCGCAGGUCACAUCCGCCCUGCCAGGGGGGGCUGAUGGCGCUGCAGGGGGAGGCACGAUGGAGACUGACGAGGCGGUAGCUGAAUUCAAGCGCCAAGGGGGGGGGCAGGCCACCAUGGAGACUGACGAGGCGGCAGCUGAAUUCAAACGCCAGGGGGCUGUGCGGGUAGGGGCUCUGAGGUUAAGGGCUGUGCGGGUAGGGGCUCUGAGAUUAAGCUUCCCGGACCUCCCCCACCGGUUCUUCCUGCUCCCUUCUUCCCCUUUCCCAACUCCUUCCCCGUUUGCUUCAUUCAACCCACUUCCUUCUCAAGACUCCCUUGACCUCCCUCCGUCUUACCCCCCUCUUUGCUUCCCCCUCCCGCUCUCCCCCCCCCCCCCUUUCGUCUCCCUCCCCCGUUCCUCCUCCCGUUUGUCCCCCAGCAUGCUAGCUCCACCAGCGUUCGGGUCCUCCCCGAAUCUGGACUCCCCAGUGCUGGCGGGAGGCGCCAUGUGCGCGGGCGGGGCAGGGGGAGGGGGGAUACCGGAGGGUGCAGCUGCGAACGCGGAUGGACAUUCAGACGGAAAGGGGUCCUUCAGUUCUCUCCUGCAGGUGCCCAUGCACGAAGUCACCUUCUCCACUGUGGACCGCCCCAAGCUGCUCAGUCAACUCUCAGCAGUGCUGGCAGACGUGGGGUUGAACAUCCGUGAGGCGCAUGUCUUCUCCACCUCUGAUGGGCUCUCCCUCGACGUCUUUGUUGUUGACGGCUGGCCCUCUGAGGAUGUGGUGGAGAUGCGGGCGGCACUCAUGCGAGCAGCACAGCAAGCGGGCGAAAAUGGUUCGCAGUCAACCCUUCCAGAAGCAUCCGGCCAAUCAAAUCCCGCCAUGUCAGAAUCCGCAGGCGUGCCCAUGUCCACGUCAGCAGCCACAACAGCGGCAGCAGGACACGUGGCAGCCUCCAGUUUGUCUGGAGCGGAUUCCCGCGUGCGCAUCCCAUCGGACGGGCGGGAUGACUGGGAGAUUGACAACGACCAGCUGAAGCUGCAGCAUAAGAUCGCCUCAGGGUCGUUUGGAGACCUCUACCGCGGCACGUACUGUGGGCAGGACGUGGCAAUCAAGAUUCUCAAGGCGGAGCGGCUGAACGACUCAUUGCAGCAGGAGUUUGCUCAGGAGGUCUUCAUCAUGCGGAAGGUGCGGCAUAAGAAUGUCGUUCAAUUUAUUGGGGCGUGCACCAAGCCCCCGAAUCUCUCCAUUGUCACCGAGUUCAUGGUGGGCGGCAGUGUGUACGACUAUCUACACAAGCACCGCGGCAGCAUGAAGCUGCCCAUGGUGCUGCGUGUGGGCAUGGACGUGGCCAAGGGAAUGGACUUUCUGCACAAGAACAACAUCAUUCACCGCGACCUCAAGGCGGCAAACCUUCUCAUGGAUGAGAACGAUGUGGUGAAGGUGGCGGACUUUGGAGUGGCGCGAGUGAAGGCCAACAGUGGCGUCAUGACAGCAGAGACUGGCACCUACCGCUGGAUGGCACCUGAGGUGAUUGAGCAUCGGGCAUAUGACCACAAGGCAGACAUCUUCAGCUUCGGCAUCACCAUGUGGGAGAUGCUGACGGGCAAGCUGCCCUAUCCAGACCUCACACCCUUGCAGGCAGCAGUCAGCGUGGUUCAACGAGGCCUGCGUCCGCCCAUCCCCAAGGGCACGCACCCGCGGCUGGCAGAUCUCUUUGAGCGCUGCUGGGCCACCAACCCUGCCGACCGACCUGAAUUCUCAGAGAUAAUCCGAGUCAUUGCCGAAAUUGCACAGGAGCUCGAGGAGGAUGGAGAGGCCGACCAACAGAGACGGGAGAAGCGCGGAGGGUUCUUUGCAUCAUUCAAGAGAGCAGGGUCAGGGCCUAGGUGA